AGGACUGCGCGUCCCCCAGGGGGCGCACUGGGGUCCGUCGCUGUCCGGAGGCGGGCUGGCCCUCGUUUCGGCCCGGGCCCCGCCCCACCAGGGCCGAAGCCCGCCUCCCUCCCGGCUGCCCUGGGCGGUAGGGGCGUGGAACUUCGGGUGCAGCCCCGGCCCCUCCCCCCCCACCUCUCCCGCGGUUGCCGGGGCAACGCCAGGACGCGCUAGCCCUUAGCUCGGGCUCCGCGCCUGGUACGCGAGGCGCGGAGAGCAGGCGGGGAGUUUCAGUGGGGCCUGUGGUCAUGGCCUCGCUACGCACUGCCAACUCCCGGCUGAGGAACUACUUCAAAGAGAACUACAUUCCUCAGGUCUGCGAGGCUCUGUUAUGUGGCCUACUUACUACAUGUCCUGAGGAUCCGCUGAAAUAUUUACAGAAAAUGAUCAUUACUAUAAUGGAAAAUGGUCUCGAAAGUCUUCUCUGGGAUAUGUGCAUUGAUCCAUCAAUGAGGCCAAAAAUUCGGAGGUUGUCUGAAACUUACAUGGAACAACUUUUUGGACUGGAUGAUCAACUGAUGACUCCAGAAUUGAUGAUAAAAGCAUGUACUUUUUAUACUGGACGUUUAGUAAAGACACACUUUUGCUCUUGGAGAGACAUAGCAAUACCUCUUACAAAUGAAGAUGAUGAACUGGCUGAGAAAAUAGAAAGAGCAAUGACAUAUAAUAAUUUCAGACUUCAAAAAUAUGUAUUUCAUCUCUGGCACUCUUAUGUAAAAGGUCAAAAAAAACAACUUACAGAUACACUAUUGCAGGUACAAAAGAUGUUGCACUGUUACAAGCUGACAGCUAUCCUAACUAAAUGGAGGGAUAAAGCAAGACUUAAGUAUAAAAAGAGAGAAGAUGAGCUGAUAUUAAAACAUGAACUUCAAUUGCUAAAAUGGAGAAACAACCUAAAACUCAAAGUAGCUGCUAAUGGAGAAUCCAUUUUUCCUGAACCAAGUCUGUCUAAAGUCUCUCUUGAAGGCAAUAUUCCUGAAUGUGACAUUUCACUGUUACCCCAAAGAGCGGUCUCACAGAUUUUCUUCUACCUCAGCUUAAAAGAUAAAAUAAUAUGUAGUCAUGUUUGUCACUCCUGGAUGUUGAUGACACAAGCAAGCUCGUUGUGGAAUGGUAUUGAUUUUUCCACAGUAAAAAACAUCAUCACAGAUAAAUAUAUAGUGUCUACUUUGCAAAGGUGGCGUCUAAACGUGCUGCGUUUGAAUUUUCGUGGUUGUAUUCUCCGCUUGAAAACCUUGAGAUCUGUCAGCCUCUGUAGAAAUUUGCAAGAGCUGAAUGUCUCUGACUGCCCAACACUCACAGAUGAAUCAAUGAGAUACAUCUCUGAAGGCUGUCCUGGAGUCCUGUACCUCAAUCUAUCUAACACAAUUAUCACCAACAGGACCAUGAGACUGCUGCCGAGGCACUUCCACAACUUACAGAAUCUCAGCUUGGCUUACUGCAAAAAGUUCACAGACAAAGGAUUACGGUACCUGAAUUUAGGGGAUGGAUGCCACAAGCUCAUCUAUUUGGACCUUUCCGGCUGCACCCAGAUUUCAGUCCAAGGCUUCAGGAACAUUGGAAACAGCUGCACUGGAAUUAUGCAUCUGACCAUCAACGACAUGCCAACUCUGACGGACAACUGUAUAAAAGCUUUAGUUGAAAGGUGCCCUCGUAUUACAUCAAUAGUUUUCAUUGGCGCUCCACAUAUCUCUGAUUGUGCUUUUAAAGCUCUUUCUACGUGUAACCUCAGAAAGAUCCGAUUUGAAGGAAAUAAAAGGAUUACUGAUGCGUGCUUCAAAUUUAUAGAUAAGAAUUAUCCAAAUAUCAGUCACAUUUACAUGGCAGACUGCAAGAGAUUAACAGAUAGUAGCCUUAAGUCACUUUCACCUUUGAAGCAACUAACUGUGUUGAAUUUGGCAAAUUGUAUAAGAAUUGGUGAUAUGGGAAUAAAGCAAUUUCUUGAUGGUCCUGUGAGCAUAAGGAUAAGAGAGCUAAAUUUAAGUAACUGUAUCCACCUGGGUGAUGCCUCUAUUAUGAAACUAUCAGAGUGCUGCCCUAAUUUAAACUACUUGAGUUUGAGAAAUUGUGAACAUUUGACUGACCUAGCAAUUGAAUAUGUUGUAAACAUCUUUUCCUUGGUAUCAGUAGAUCUCUCUGGGACAAACAUCUCUAAUGAGGGUUUGCUGACACUUUCCAGACAUAAAAAAUUAAAGGAACUUUCUCUAUCUGAGUGUUACAAAAUCACCGAUGUUGGAAUUCAGGCGUUCUGCAAAGGCUCACUGAUCUUAGAACACUUGGAUGUCUCUUAUUGCUCCCAGCUGUCAAAUGAUAUUAUUAAAGCACUGGCCAUUUAUUGUGUUUCCCUCACAUCUCUCAGCAUUGCUGGCUGUCCAAAGAUUACUGACUCAGCAAUGGAGAUGUUAUCGGCAAAAUGCCAUUACCUGCACAUUUUGGAUAUUUCUGGUUGUGUCCUGCUUACUGACCAAAUGCUCGAGGACCUUCAGAUAGGCUGCAAACAACUCCGGAUUCUUAAGAUGCAAUACUGCAGACUUAUUUCCAUGGAGGCAGCAAAGAGAAUGUCAUCUAUAGUUCAGCAGCAGGAAUAUAACCCUGGUGACCCUCCACUUUGGUUUGGCUAUGAUUAUGAAGGCAAGCCCCUUACAAAACAACAUGAGAUACCACCACCUAAAAAUGUAGAAUGGACAGUGACAGAGUCAACACACAGUAGUCAAGAGGAAGUAGUAUGACCUUCAGCCUCAAGCAAGAAGAACAAAAAAAUCUAGAACUUGGUAACUUCAUUUGAUGCAAGUAUUUUCACUAGCUGGAUCUCAACAGUGUGAACAACCAGCAAAUCAUCUCCUGAUUUUUGUUCCAAAUACAAAUAUUUCUAAAUACAUUAUUAGUUCUUCUAA